AUGGAGGAGCCAGCGGUAGCCAAUGGCACGCACACGCCUCAGACACCGCCGCCCAAUCCGCGGCAUACUCAGCUCGCCUUGACGGAGUAUGCCAUCAAUCCAUCGCCGCCAUGUGGAACGCCGCGAGAGAAGAUUGAGAAUGCCGGCGUUCCGGAGGGAUACAUAUUACCCACCGGCUACCCUGACUAUCUCCGACUUAUCUUGACCGCCAAAGUAUACGACAUUGUCGAGACCACGCCCCUAACACAUGCCAUAAAUCUCAGUAAUCGCCUCGAUGCCAACGUCCUGCUCAAGCGAGAGGAUCUUCAGCCCGUCUUCUCUUUCAAAUUGAGAGGCGCCUACAAUAAAAUGGCCCACCUCGACAAGGACGAGAGAUGGAAGGGCGUCAUUGCUUGUUCCGCUGGCAACCACGCGCAAGGCGUAGCAAUGUCGGCGCGCAAACUGAAAAUCCCCGCCACCAUCACCAUGCCCACCGGCACUCCGGCCAUCAAACACCAGAACGUCUCUCGUCUCGGCGCUAACGUCGUCCUGCAUGGCGACGACUUCGAUGCGGCAAAGUCCGAAUGCACACGAUUACAAAAGCUCCACGGCCUCACCAACAUCCCUCCCUUCGACGAUCCGUACGUUAUUGCUGGGCAAGGCACGAUCGGGGCAGAGAUUCUGCGCCAGGCCGACAUUUCCAAACUCGAAGCCAUUUUCUGUUGCGUUGGUGGCGGUGGCUUGAUUGCAGGUGUUGGCGUCUACGUCAAACGCAUCGCGCCUCACGUCAAGAUCAUCGGCGUCGAGACCUACGACGCCAACGCACUCGUGCAAUCGCUCAAAGUCGGCCACCGCGUCACGCUCAAGGAAGUCGGCCUCUUCGCCGACGGCGCUGCCGUCAAAACCGUAGGCGAAGAGACCUUCCGCCUGUGCUCCGAAGUCGUCGACGACGUCAUCCAAGUCGACACCGACGACAUUUGCGCGGCAAUCAAAGACGUCUUCGAAGACACGCGCUCCAUCCUCGAACCCGCCGGCGCGCUCUCCCUCGCAGGCCUAAAGAAAUACAUAGCCACCAACCCCUCCACCGACCCCUUCGCCCUCACAAACCGCCAACUCGUCGCCGUCGCCUCCGGCGCAAACAUGAACUUCGACCGCCUGCGCUUCGUCGCGGAACGCGCCGCCAUCGGCGAGAAGAAAGAAGCCCUCCUCUCCGUCACCCUGCCCGAGCAACCGGGCACCUUCGCCAAGCUCGUCGAAGCCGUGCACCCCAUGGCCGUGACGGAGUUCUGCUACCGCUUCGCGCACGCGCGCCAGGCAAACGCGCUGAUCGGCAUCAACGUCAACCCGUCGACGCGCGCGCGCGACCUCGCGGACCUCUCAGCCCGCUUGGCGGAGGAGGACAUGCUCGCGACGGACUUGUCCGCGAACGAGCUGGCGAAGUCGCACAUUCGGUACCUCGUUGGCGGGCGCAGCAAUGCGGAGAAUGAGCGGUUGUUUGCGUUUGAGUUCCCCGAGCGGCAGGGCGCGCUGCAUCGCUUCCUGACUACGCUGCAGCCGGGCUUCAACAUCAGCUUGUUCCAUUACCGCAACUACGGCGGGGACGUGGGCAAGGUGUUGGCGGGGAUCCAGUGUCCUGCCGGGCGGGAAGGGGAGCUGGAGAAGUUCCUGAAGGAUGUGGGGUAUGGGUACAAGGAGGAGACGGACAACGAGACGUACCAGAUGUUCAUGCGGGAGUAG